CGAACGUACGCACGCACCACCAUCAACACCGUAAAAUACCAAGAGAUUUUCCUUUUCUAUCGAAAUCCUUUUGUCUAUAUUGUGAUUCUCUUCAUUUACUGCUAGUGUUGUGUUUUUACUUAUCACUUCUUCAGUUCACACACAAAAUAAAAGAAAAAUAACAAACAUAAGAUUCGAUUUUGUUUCCUUGACAAUUAAUUGGUUCGAAAAAGAAGGCAGUGCAGAUUACCGAGAAUAAAAUGGAAAAAUGAAUAAAAAUCAACAUGAAUUUCUGUGAUCAAAAGACUCAAUUUUAGUGAUUAAGAAAAGGUGGAAACAUACAUAUAUACAGUGAGAGUGAUGGCAAUAGUCGAGAUUAAAUUGAAAAAUUGAAAAUCCAACGGGAAAACAAGUGCAAUUUGUACAAAGCAAGCGUAAACUCAUUCAGUGGAAACAGUGUGUGUGUUGGCAAACACACAGGAUUGUGAGUGAGAUUUCAAAAACGGGAUCCAACAUGUGUGUUCAGUGCAUCGAGAUCGGCCCACCGCCAGACACAAUUCUGACGAUGCCACCGCCACCGUUGCCAUCAUUUUUAGUACCGAACCAUCCGUUAAUUCCAUUCGCUCAAAAUGAUUCGAAAUUGUGUUAUGCAGCGUAUGUGUGCGAAUCAUUGCCGGGACCUCGAAUACAAUCUGGAAUUGAAUUUAUCGAAUUACCCGGACAUAGUCUAAAUGAUGCAUGGUUUUAUGUUAUAAUCGCAUCAAUAGUUGGUGUCAUUUUGCUCAUUACCGUAGUCAUAUUCACAUUCAUCAAAUGCCGAGAGAAUAAAAGACGAAAACAUUUACCACCGAAGAGUAUGUGCCACGAACCGCAUGUUUCAAUGGAUAAGUCACAAUCGUAUAUGUCGGGCAAUAUGCUGUAUCCGUGUCCGUCCAACGAACAAAAUUUACAGCAAGACAUCAACAAAGAGGGUCGACUAUUAUGGGCCACACUGACACCACAUGGAACAAGACAUUUUGUGACUGCGAGGGGCGUCGAACGAUAUCCCAACUACGAUGAUCAUUACGAAAUCAUCGACUACCAUAACAGACCGGUUGUGAGAACACGUGAGGGAACACCACGUAAAGUUCCAAUUAAGGCCUUUGAAAAUAAUGGCUAUAGUGAUUUUGAUUACGAAGAUAUGCAUACGACAAAUGCAGAAAUGUAUCACGAUGAAAAUGAUUCGGGCUAUCAAGAGCCGCAUGAAGUGAUAAGCACAUUACAUCGGGCGCAUAAUUCACGUUUAAUGGUAUCGUCACCAACGCGUAUUGAACAUCCCAACAUGGCACCAUUAAAUGCUCACAAUGUUCAAGUUCAUCCACAUCGGAGUGGUUCGCUGACAACGAAUCGAAAAGCAACACUUUCGCGUCGAACGACUGAAACAUUAAAUUAUUAUGGCCAAGGUAGUAAUAUGUAAACCAAAUGGAAUUGUAAGCAUUAGGUGAGGACUGCUCAAAAAUACACCGAUUUAAACAAGAUGCAUCAUGAUGAUGAUGAUGAAAAACAUUGUGAAAGAAAAAACUCAGUUAUUUUAAGUCUAUGUCUGUGUCUAUUUUUUGUAUUCUGUAAAUAAGCGCUUUCGUACUAUCGCUUCUUUUAUGAAUUAUUUUGGAAAAAACUUAGAAGAACAAAAAACCUAAAAGAUGAUUGUGAAAUGGAUAGAUUUUUAGAAAGAUUUUGAUUAUUUUUUAACGAGAAAAAAUGACAUCCAAGCAAAUGCUAUUUUAACGAGUCCAAAACGUGUGAAGAGUUCCAAAUAGUAGACGAUGAAAAAAAAGAAAGGAAACGACGAAAAAUCGUUGAUAAUAAAUAAAUUCAUGUAAAAUGUAAAGCAAGGAUCCAUCAGUUGAAAAGACAACGUCCGGCUAUUGUGUUAUACACAAGCAAUACUAGAAACAAAAAAAUUUAUCCCCAAAUAAAAAAAAAACAACAACAACGCAUAUUAGUCCAUUCUCCAGCUAAUAUCGAUUUUAAACCAUAAACGAUGCAUAACAAUUUUUUCCUCUCAUAUUUCCAUCAAAUCACAUACAAUACACAGUAUUUUUCGAACACACACAUCAUAUAUUUACAAAGUAGACAAUUCAAUCAAAUAUACGAUGGCCAAAAACCUCCGAAACGGUUGGCUCGGAAAAUGAAAAAGGAGUGGCGUGUAAUCACCAUCGAUAUAUGCUCAUUCAAAAUGAUUUGAUUAACGUUGAAGACAAUGCCAUGAAUGAUUCAAUGAACCGUAACAAUUUUCUCUCAUUCCCGUUGAUUAUCCAUUCAACAGAUUCGGGGGGCUUUUUGGUCAUUGAUUGAAUGUAAUAUAUCAGAUUAUCCAAUAUUAUGCAAACGCUUAGAAACGAUAUACGGAACAAGCCGACUUUUUUUUUCUUCCCGUUCAAUCGAAAAGGUGUGCACACACACACAUACACAACGGGCCAGCUUUUCGAUUUAAAGGUAAUAAAAAUGCGUGCUCGCUUCCAAUAAAACAACCUAAGAUAAAAGAAGAAGAAGAAUAAUAAAACACAUUAUUCAACGUCCACAGCCAAAUAGAAAUGUUUAAACAAACUCGAACACGACAAAAAACGACUACUAUUUAGUAUUUACUAUUAUUAUUAUGGAGAGAUUUAAAAGCAAUAGCGUAUUAUAUUAGCAUCUUAAUUAUAUUAGGCUUUUAAAGUGCAAGAGAAAUAAAAAGAAGAAAACAUAAGUAACAGUUCCAUUCUUAGACUUUACAAGUGCAAUAAUAGUCACUAAACAAACAUUGCUGAUGCUGAAGCGCCCCUCCAAAGCAGUGCUAAGGAAUUCAGUUCGGCUGUCGCUUUAUUCUGUGAAAUAAAAACAAAAAUAAAAAAUACGUUGAAGAAAUUAAAAAAAAUGAUGAAGAAAUUUUACGAAGAAAAGACAAAAUUACGUGCUAAGAUAAUAGACUCCAAACGGUACGCAAGUAAUACUUAAGGUUUUAACAUUAGCGCCAUUGUAAGUACGAAUAUAAUAUGAACAGCAACAACAUUAACAAAAACUAAAUGCAAAUGAAACGUUAUUUAAAUGAAAGAAGAAAAAAAUUGUAUAAUUAACACUAAAAUUCAGAGGUACCAAUCUUUGUACGAUUUACAAUUUAGGUAUAAGAUACUCUGAAACAACAAUUCACCACCAAAACUUAAAAAAAAACGAUGCAUACAGACACACACUCAACAUAAGGGCUGAUAUUCAUUGGUUCCUCGAAUUUUAUUGAAAAUAAUUUAGAUGCAUAUUCUCAUUCGAACAUGAUCGAGCAUCAUGGUAACAUUUGUGAAAGAGAAACGAACUCUCGUGAUUUUUUUUUCAUAAAUAAACAU